AUGCUUGCACAUUACUCCCGUUGGGUGCUGGGCUUUUCUGAGAAGAUCCGUCCUCUCUCUCAUGCCAAUGAUUUUCCCUUAUCUGCUGCCGCUGCAAAAGCUUUUGAAGGAUUGAAACAAGACAAUGCUGAGGCAGUGGUUCGAGCAAUCGACCCAACAGGUCCUUUCGCUGUGGAAACCGAUGCUUCAGAUCAUACUAUUGCCGCUACCCUAACUCAGAAUGAACAACCAGUAGCUUUCUUCUCCCGAACACUUUCAAAUAGUGAACAAAGGCACUCAUCGGUGGAGAAGGAAGCUUAUGCCAUUGUGGAAGCCCUAAGGAAGUGGCGACACUAUCUCAUUGGACGCCAUUUUCGGCUUGUGACUGACCAGCACAGUGUUGCUUUUAUGUUUAACUCUAAAUCAGCUGGUAAGAUUAACAAUGAUAAAAUUGCUAGAUGGCGAGUCGAACUCUCCUGUUACCACUAUGACACUGUAUAUCAUCCUGGUAAAAAGAACAUCCCCGCUGAUGCAUUCUCACGUGUAUGUGGUGCCACCAGUGUGGAUGAACUAAAGGAAUUACAUGACAAUCUGUGUCACCCUCGAGUGUCUCGUAUGGCUCAUUUUGUCCGAUUUCGAAAUCUGCCUUAUUCUGUGGAAGAAGUGAAGAAGAUGACUAAUUCUUGCUCUGCAUGCUCUGAACUUAAACCUCGGUUUUGCAAGUUUGACUCUGGGCAUUUAAUUAAAGCUACUCAGCCAUUUGAAAGACUCAACAUAGAUUUUAUAGGACCGCUUCCAUUACAUUCAAGGAAUAAAUAUAUUCUUACAGUUGUAGAUGAAUUCUUUAGACUCCCUUUUGCAUUCCCUUGUUCAGAUAUGACUACUGGUACAGUAAUUCAGUGCCUGGUGCAGUUGUUUGCAAUCUUUGGUAUGCCUGCAUAUAUACAUUCUGAUAGGGGAACUUCCUUUAUGUCUGAGGAGUUGAAAAACUUUCUACUCAAAAAAAGGGUAGCAACUAGCUGUACGACUCCUUACAACCCUAGAGGAGAUGGCCAGGCUGAGAAGUACAAUGGGAUUAUUUGGAAGAUAGUGCUGCUAGCUCUUAGGACGAGAGGCUUAGAUGUAUCCCAAUGGGAAGUUGUUCUUCCUGAUGCAUUCCACUCUAUUCGAUCACUGUUGUGCACCUCUACAAAUUGUACACCACAUGAACGAUUCUUCCGGCAUACAAGAAGGUCUACUUCAGGGCGAACUCUACCUACGUGGCUAGCUUGCAGCGGCCCUGUCCUCUUAAAACGUCAAGUGCGGCAAAGCAAAAAUGAUCCUCUAGUUGAUGAGGUUGAGGUCGUAGACGUGAAUCCUGAAUACGCCCAUAUCAAGUUCCCAGAUGACAGGAUUACCACUGUAUCAUUAAGCCACCUCGCACCCAUGGCCACUGAGGGCUGCGAGAGUUUGGACCCCAAUCUCAACAUUCAACAGCAACACCCAGCGAUUGUGAAAGCUGGGGUAAACCCCAACCCGCCUCAUCCUGAACUACUUUGUCCCGAACCACCUAACCUAGAAACGCCUAAUUGA